AUGAGUAUAUUUGCUAGAACAACAAUUGGAGCUAAUACAGCAAAUGUUUCAUCAUCGGGAUUUGUUUCAAUUCAUACACUUCCUGUUGCUUUUGGUUAUUUAAAAAUAAUCGAAAAACAACAACCAAAAUAUGUUGAUAAAUUAACACCACAUAUUACAAAAUUAUUACAAAAAUUAAUUAAAGAUCAUACAAGUGCUGGCGUUGACUAUAAUCCUGCAUUCACAGAAUAUAUCAUUGAAUGUUUAACAUUACUCAAAUAUCGUAUUGGUCAAUUAACAAGUGAUCUUCGUAAACAAUUUAUGAAUAAUUUCCUACCAUGCCUAAUUGAAAAAUCUCAUGAUAUAACUCUUGUUCGAGCUAUAAUUCGUCUUGUAUAUGAUUGGCUUAAAUGGCGUGGUGAUGUACAAUUAGUUCCAUCAUUAAAAGAAAAAUCUCAAUUACUUCUUAAACUUUUACAAUGUAUUGAUAAAAGUGGACGUUUUCAUCAACAUCAACAAACAAAUGAUAAUGAUUUAACAAAUAGUUUUCUUGAACUUAUUUUACAUGUUUAUCAAGAAACAAAUUAUCGUGAAUUAUGUAUUAAAUUAGAAGCAGCAUUUAUUCUUGGUUUAAAAUCAACAAAUCAGCAAUUACGAAAACAAUUUUUUCUUAUCUUAGAUAAAAAUCUGCGAAAAACAUUACAUGAUAGAUUAUUAUUUAUAUUUUUAUCACAAAAUUGGGAAUAUCUUGGACAACAUUAUUGGAUAAAACAAUGUCUAGAAUUAUUUUAUACAUGUGUUUCAUCAACAAUUCCAUUAUCAAUUGUUGAUAAUCGUACAUCGAUUUUACCAGCAUUAACAUCUGUUAUCAAAUCUGGUGAAUUUUAUGAUCGAUAUGAUUUUAUGAUUGAUUAUGUUAAAACAAAAAAUCCAUCAGCUAUAGAAAAUGUUGGAAUUAAAACUGAACAAAAUUCAGAUGUACAAAUUAAAAUGGAAGUUAAUGAUGAAACACCAACACAAAAUCCAGCUUAUUCUAUUAUAUCAAAUGCUCUUGGCGUUACAGCAAUGAGUACACUUGUAACAAAUUUUCAAAUAACUCCAGCACGUACAUUUGCAAUUUUAAUUCAAUAA